CGAAAAUUGUGUCAUUGUCAUUUUCAGGAAGACGAUUUUUUUUUUUGAAGUGCGCAAAACCAAAUCGAACUGUGGUUCAGAGGAGGGAGAGAGAGAGAGCACUACUAUAAAUAGAACCCUAACAAAACCUUUUACCGCCACUCUCAUUCCCGAUUCCACCGCCUCUCUCUCUCUCUCUCCAUCUCUAUAUAUCUCAUCCUCAUUCUCCUCUCUCAGAUUCCAGAUUCCAGAUUCCGGAAUCUCCAUUCCCCUUUUUCCUGAUUUCCCAUCAUUUGAAUAAUCAAACUCCAUUUUUGGAAUCCCUCAGCCAUGGUUGGGACCUCCGAGCUAAUGGAAUCGCCAUUUCUCGAUCUAAACAAUGGCUCAUCAGUGGUGGAAAAGAUCUUGGCCGAGGGUUUCAAUCCUGCAUCCGUGGUUCCGGAGCCUCUGCCUCCGGUUGUUAUGACCAAUGGGGAAGAUCACGGAGAUGGGGAGGAGGAGGUAGUAGUGGGUGGUAAUAUUAAGAUUAAGAAGAGAGAGAUCGUUCUUGGUCGGAACGUGCAUACCACUUGCCUUGCCGUGACGGAGCCAGAUGCUAAUGACGAGGUUACCGGUGAUAAAGAUGCUUUCAUGGCUAGCGUUUUGGCUCGGUAUCGAAAAACACUCUUGGAGAAGACAAAGUACCAUUUAGGGUAUCCUUAUAAUUUGGACUUUGAUUAUGGAGCACUUGGGCAAUUACAACAUUUCUCCAUUAACAAUCUUGGGGAUCCAUUCAUUGAGAGCAAUUAUGGUGUUCAUUCAAGGGAGUUUGAAGUUGGUGUUUUGGAUUGGUUUGCUCGUUUGUGGGAGAUUGAGAAGGAAGAGUAUUGGGGUUACAUUACAAAUUGCGGCACAGAAGGAAAUCUCCACGGGAUUUUAGUUGGGAGAGAAGUUUUCCCUGAUGGGAUUCUGUAUGCAUCAAAAGAGUCUCAUUAUUCUGUGUUCAAAGCAGCUAGAAUGUAUAGGAUGGAUUGUGUGAAGAUUGCUACCCUCGUCUCGGGUGAGAUUGAUUGUUCGGAUUUUAAGGAUAAACUCCUUGUUAACAAGGAUAAGCCAGCUAUAAUCAAUGUUAACAUAGGAACAACUGUUAAGGGAGCUGUUGAUGAUCUUGAUCUAGUAAUUCAAACCCUUGAAGAAAGCGGCUUUUCACACGAUCGGUUCUACAUUCAUUGCGAUGGAGCACUUUUCGGACUUAUGAUGCCUUUUGUCAAGCGUGCACCAAAGGUUUCUUUCAAGAAGCCCAUUGGAAGUGUGAGCGUCUCCGGCCACAAGUUUGUGGGGUGUCCGAUGCCCUGUGGUGUUCAGAUAACAAGGCUGGAGCACAUUAAUGCACUUUCAAGAAAUGUUGAGUACCUUGCCUCACGGGAUGCCACGAUUAUGGGAAGCCGAAAUGGCCAUGCUCCAAUUUUCCUAUGGUACACCCUUAACAGAAAAGGUUACAAGGGAUUCCAGAAAGAAGUCCAGAAAUGCCUUAGAAACGCUCACUACUUGAAGGACCGGUUACGUGAAUCUGGUAUCAGUGCCAUGCUGAAUGAACUUAGUAGCACUGUUGUGUUCGAGCGUCCUCAAGACGAGGAGUUUGUUCGUAGGUGGCAGUUGGCUUGCCAAGGUAACAUAGCCCAUGUGGUGGUGAUGCCUAAUGUGACCAUAGACAAACUUAAUGUUUUCUUAGAUGAAUUGGUUGAAAAACGCUCAACUUGGUACCAGGUUGAUAAAGUUCAGUCUCCUUGUAUUGCUGCUGAAAUAGGAGCUGAGAAUUGUGUUUGCAAAAUCCACACUCGUUAGAACUUUCAACAAAGAUGGAAGGUACCAUUGUUGUUUUAUUUGUAAUGAACUCUUAAUUCGUGGGUUAUUAAUAAAAUGGAGAAGAAAUCCAUAAUUUAGUGUU